CAAAAACAGUCAAAUCAAAAAAACAAUUUUAUUAAUGAAUUCACAGGUUGAGAGCAUAAUUAAGACAUUUUCUAGACCAAUAAAUCACACAGAGACUUUAUUGAAGCUAUUCCAUCAAAAUAGAUUGCCACAAAAUGUUGUCAAGAAGGAAUCUACGAUGUGUACUAAGUGCCUUACUCCUUGGACAUCCGGAAAAUUCAAUUUAGAGAUGAAAUCAUCAAAUCCAAAAAGAAUAGCACGUAGAAAUUAUAGAAUUGAGCGACUACAGUUAAAAGUGAAAUGCAGACAAUCCAGUGAGGAUGAAUCUAAAGCUUUUACUAGAAAUAUUAAGAGAUUACAGCAGCAAAACAAUCAUGUUGCGCUUUAUAAAUGUUUCUGUAGCAAAGCAGCAAAAACAAAAGUCCAGUUAAGAAAGAAACAGAAUGAUAAGCAUAAUAAAUCUGAAAAUGUAGCAUCUGGGACGAUUAUGAGUGAAAAAACAAAACAACAUGAACAUGAUAGUAAUCCAAGGAAGGAAAAGAAAACAAAAACCAAGAAGAAGAAAAAGAAAACAGCUGGCUUAUUAAUUCCAAUGUCUAAAAAAACUAAUGCUACAGCAUUAACAACGAAUAAUAGAAAUUUAUCCAAAAUAUCCGAAAUGUUUCGACAGCAAAAAAGUAUUGAUGGAACAAAGCAGCAAUCAAAACUUAAUCAAUUCUUUAAGUAAGGCAAGCACGUGCGAACGAGUAGGAUUGAACCAAUUAUAAUCACCAUUAAUUAUUGACCUUCAUAUAGGUACGUCCUAUAAAU